AUGUCUCGGGACACGGGCGCCGGUCUCCCCUCCCCCUCCCCCUCGCCCACCUCCUCCUCUCACUCCCGCAGAGUCUGCCUCGAGAGCCCUUCUUUCCGCGCGCCAUUCUCGGAGGAUCACUUUCUGGCCGUUUGCCGCGAGGUGGCCAAGUCGAGGGAGGCAGCCACCGGAUCCUGGCAGCUCAUGGCCGACUCCGCGGGCUUCAGCAUCUACCGGAUGCUCGACGAGAAAUCUGGACUAUACGAGUACAAAGUAUACAGCUACCUUUCUGAUUGUUCCCCAGAGCUAUGUGCUGAUGUUUACAUGGAUUUAAACUACAGAAAAAAAUGGGACCAGUAUCUUAGAGAAAUGUGUGAGAAAAAUCUUGAUGGCAGAACAGUUAUCUACUGGGAAUUGAAGUUCCCUUUCCCCUUGGCAAAUAGAGAUUAUGUUUUUAUUCGUGAGCGUCAAGAUAUGGAAGUUGAUGGGGAGAAGAUCUAUGUUAUAUUGGCUAAAAGUGUGAGCACUUCUAAAUUCCCAGAAAAACCUGGGAUUGUUAGAGUAAAGAAUUAUAAACAGAGUGUGGCCUUUCAAAGUGAUGGCAAGAAAGGGACCAAAGUUUUCAUGUGGUACUUUGAUGAUCCUGGCGGCAAAGUUCCUCCAUGGCUUGUCAACUGGGCAACCAAGACUGGAGUACCCAACUUCUUGAAAGACAUGCAGAGAGCUUGCCAUGCCUAUUGCAAGAGAUAAACUGUUCCUUGGAUUUGAUCUAGAUGGAUGGUAUAAAGGCAUAUGAUCAAAGCUGGAUAAUCAGCCAUGACCCGUUAUUGAAUAACAUCUUCUUUCUGGGAUGAUAAUCAUGAGCUAUGUAAGUUCCCAGGCAUAUGACUAUGGAACAUAUUAAACUUCCUGUUUUUCAUUUUCCAUCA